AGCCGUUUUUUUGUUGACAUGUUGUAAUAAUGAAUCUCUUAUGUGUAAGUCCUUUUUCCCCCCCUCGCUGCAGGCUCCUGUUCCCAGUCGUCAGGAAGGGAUGCUGUGCAGACCAUCCCAUCGUCCGUCCCGAGCUUAUGGAGAACCGCUGACUUGCUGGCUUCCAGGAACCAGGGUGCUGAGAUGGAACAUAUAUUUCUGAUUGUUUUAUUGUUGAGUAAAACCCUUUCAGCUGGAGCUCAGUUCAAUGGAUACAACUGUGAUGCCAACUUUCACAGCCGCUUCCCCGCCGAGCGGGAUAUCAGCGUGUACUGUGGCGUACAGACCAUCACCCUCAAGGUCAACUUCUGCCCGGUUCUUUUCUCUGGAUACACCGACUCUGACAUGGCCCUCAACGGUCGCCACGGAGACGCUCACUGUCGAGGGUUCAUCAACAACAAUACCUUCCCCACCGUGGUCAUCUUCAGUAUCAGCCUGGCCACGCUGGAGUCCUGUGGAAAUUCCCUGGUGGUGUCCACUGCUCAAGGACCUAACGCUUACGGGAACAUCUCUCUGGUCCAGAUCGGUAACAUAUCAGGGUUUAUUGACACACCGGAUCCUCCAACAGUCAUCAGCUACCUGCCGGGUCUGCUGUACAAGUUCAGCUGCAGUUACCCACUGGAAUACCUGGUCAACAACACCCAGCUGGCCUCGUCAGCAGCUGCAAUCUCAGUAAAGGAAAGCAACGGCACAUUCAUCAGCACACUGAACCUGCUGCUGUACAACGACUCGUCGUAUGUUCAGCAGCUGUCCAUCCCCAUGGCAGGACUUACUCUGAAGACACGGGUUUUUGCAGCUGUAAAAGCAACAAACCUGGACAGGAGGUGGAACGUUCUCAUGGACUACUGUUACACUACGCCGUCUGGAAAUCCCAACGAUGAUCUCCGCUAUGACCUUUUCCUCAGCUGUGACAAAGACCCUCAGACCACCGUCUUUGAGAAUGGGAAGAGCCAGAUGGGCCGGUUUGCCUUCGAAGUAUUCCGUUUCGUAAAGCACAAGAAUCAGAAGAUGUCCACCGUCUUCCUGCACUGCGUCACCAAGCUGUGUCGAGCAGACGACUGUCCAAUGCUCAUGCCAAUCUGUGGCAGCAGGAAAAAGAGAGACGUCUCAGAGGGAAGGGAUUCAAGCACUUCAUCUGGAAACGCCGUUCUGACUGCUGGGCCGAUCAUCACUCGGAGCGAUGAAACACCAACUAACAAUUCUCAGCUGGCUCAUCUGAGAUCUCCAGAGUUCCAGAUGAACACUGUGACCAGUGUGCUCAUCUCAGGAGUGAUCAUCCUUGGCGUCCUCAGCGUCUGCUUCUUCAUCUUCUCCCUCACCCUCCUCAAAGGAAAGAGCGUUCCUGUCAACGGCAUGUCUGGAGUUCGAAAUCCCGCCUUCAGCUGAGCUCUUGAACGCACUUCCUCCUCAUCCUCUUCCUCAACCUCCUCCUCUCAGCGCUGAGGAGCUGUAGAGACGUGAUAUUUGUACAUGUAGUAAUUUUGCAAGAGGAUGUAAAUGUUGAGUUAGGAAUUAUUACCAAGUCUGUACAUUAGAGGUACAGCACAAGUUUUUAUACGUUGUUCUUUGUUUGAUGUUACAACCGUGCGGUCAUGGGAAAACUGCAUGGCAAAAAUAUAUAGAUGAAAUGAAAUAAUUACAUGUGGGUUGAGACCUCCAUGUGGUUAUUUGACAUGCAGCAUGAACCCACAUGGUUAGAGUACUUUUUAACUUAAUCUUAUACCUCAGAUAUGCAGCUGUCAUUGCAGGGUACAGAAUCAAUAAAAGGAUGAAAAUAUAUCAUAAUAAUGGAUAAUCUGAGGGUUGGACUUCACAUUCUGCUAUGGAACAUUGUAUCUAUUGAAGCAAUCUGAGACCUCCUACUUCUGCCAUGAAGCAUGAAAAAGAAAAUUGAUCCCGAUCCGUGACUGGAUCGGCUCUCAGAUGCCAUCAGCAAACAAAGAAGGUGUUCCAGCUUUGUGAUUUCAGAAAUAUAUAUCUAUAUCUGUCUCUAUAUAUAUAUAUGUAUAUAUACCAUGUAUCAAAUGUAGUUUACUGAUAAAAAAAUUUGACACUAGAAGAAGUCUUUAAUCAUUUGAUAGCUUUAUUCUUUCUAAACAUGUAUUUUGUGCAUUCAUUUUGGAUGCAGUGUGACAGCAAUAAACAUAUUCAAGUUGAAAUUGUACAUGUGCAUAUAUAAUCUUCUGUAACUUUCACCUGAUUAAUGAAAAAAGCUGCAGAAUUUCUGGAAUGUAUAAAUUGUAAACACUUGUGCAUGUUUCAAAUAUUGCAAUUUGACUUUUGAUUAAAACCCGCCCAAUGUCACAUUUCUAAACAGAUCAAAUGAAUUUGCUCUUCAAAAAUUACAAUAAGGGCAACACGAUGAAUUCAGAAGUUCUUGUACAAUAAUGACAAUACAAUAAUGA